ACGUGACGUCAUCACUGUGCGUCGCCUCCCCUCAAACAACGCUCGCUCUCCAUCAGCGUUCACCGUGUGGUUCGGUGGUUCGGGUCCGGGUCGUGCGGCCGUGGGUGCGUUAGUUCUUGUGUUUCUCUUGUGCGGGGUGACAGUGCACUUUGCAGUCGACGCUAACGUAUUUGGAGAUGGAGUCCGGGGAGACCACCGAGGGGGCGAAGUCCGCCUCUCUGUCGGCGGCCCAGCGGCGGGCAGAGACCCGCAGGAGGAAGCUGCUCAUGAACUCCGAGGACAGGAUGAACAAAAUCGUUGGUUUCCCCACGAACGAGUCCGAAAACAACGCAUCAACCCCCCCAGCCGGGUCACUGCUGCGUCCUGCAGAACCUCGCUUCCACCUCGACCUGGACCGGACGGAGCCGUGGUCCUUCUCCCAGAGGUCGGAGGCCUCGGGGCUCGGAAGUCGCUCCCACGGCGCCACGCCGGAGAGGAGGGGCUCGCCGCUGCCGGACUGCAGUGGCGAGCCCCCAGGAGGCUCCCUGGACGCUGACGCUGGGGGGGUCCGUCAGAGGCCGAGGGGGGAGCGGGCGCCGGACGACCUCGGCGGCUCUCCGCGCCAAGGCCUCCAGAAGUACCUCUCCCGCUUCGACGACGCCAUGAAACUGCGGGGACAGCUGGCCAACGAGAAGCCGGCGCAGGAGGCGGGGGCCGAGGCCGAGGAGUUCGAUCCUUUCAGGGUCUUCCGGCUCGUCGGCAGCGUCCUGCUCGCGGUCUUCGUCAGGGGUUUUGUCUGCCGGUUCCUGUCGAUAUUUGCUCCGUUUCUGACCCUGGAACUGGCCUACAUGGGGCUGUUCAAAUACUUCCCAAAGGUGGAGAAGAAGGCUCAGACCACCGUGCUCACCGCCGCGCUGUUACUGUCCGGCAUCCCGGCCGAGGUCAUCAACCGCUCCAUGGACACGUACCGGAGGAUGGCCGACGUCUUCGCCGACCUCUGCGUCUACUUCUUCACCUUCAUCCUGUCGCACGAGGUCCUGCUGCUCGUUGGCUCGGAGGCGCCUGACGGGACGAGAGGCUCGGAGUGACCCCCCCCGUCUCCAUAGCAACGAGGCACAGCCGCUCCGUUGCCGCUGUUCAUGUGUCCUGGAUUCUGCUAAUGCUAAGCUACGUGUGACCAGAGGGUCUGGAGGUUGUUGUUGUUGUUUUAACAGAUCUCUGAGUCACUUUGCUUAUAGAAGAAUGUGCUGCGUUGUUUUGUGGUGAUAUUUAUUUAUUUGGGUGUAAAAAAACAACACAAAAUGUCACAGUUGAAAAGUUUCCCUUUUAAACAAAAGCAGUUACACAGAAGUUUGGGAAACAAGUUUUCUCCUGGGAUUCAUUUCUUUACUUAACUCUUAACUUCUGAUUUGAAUCUUUGAUCCUUUUUUAUCAUUCUAUGUUAACUAUGUGCUCAAAAGAUCUGUUUUCCUUCUUCUGCUGUAACAUCAGGCAGAGAGAAACAUCUGGAUUAUUUUCCGGUAUCACAGCAUUGAGGAACGGCGACGUCCUUCGUCAUGACGAUGAUGAUGCUGGUGAUGUCAUCCUGUGCCUGCUUUGAAUGAGUAGUUCCCCUUUCAGGAAAGUCAGAGGACAUUUAUCAUUUCGCCCUUUAAGGCCCAGCUUUUUAUUUUGCUUAAAGGUGCUUUUAUUGGGGGGAGUUUGGGAUCAUCGGUUAGUUUUUGUGGUUCUGCAGGUUCGUCCCCUCUGGAGCCUCAUUCAUAUAAAUGUUUCAUCGAUACUCUCUUCUGUGCUCCUUGUUUAUCAAAGUGAAUUUCAUUAUCUCGAUCUCGUCUGUUAGUUCUUUCAUCUCUCUUCAGUAAGUGACUCGUUGUUGACGUGAUGUAAAGUUCAAACCAAAUAAAAACUAGAACGUGUGCAGCAGCCUGA